ACAAUAAAAAGAAGAAGAUUUUUUGCAUUAUUAUGGUUAUGUUUUGAUUAGCAUAAAAUUGCUUUUUUUAAUGGAAUUAGUGCGAAAAAAGUCCAUCAAUUGCAAUCAAGGUGCAAUUAGAGCCGUCCGGUACAAUGCUGACGGGGCAUACGCUAUGACCUGUGGGUCAGAUAAGAAGAUCAAAUUGCUGAAUCCCCUCACCGAGACCCUUCUCAAAACAUAUGGGGGUCAUGGAGAUGAAGUAUUGGAUGUCGUGGGUAGCUGCGAUAGUUCGCGGAUUCUUUCCGGAAGUAUGGACAAGAGUCUGAUAUAUUGGGAUGUUUCCACGGGACAAGUUAUUCGGAGACUAAGACACCAUGCCGGUGCUGUGAACUCUGUGAAACUGAAUGAGGAAUCCACAGUUGCAGUUUCAGGGUCCAGAGAUAAUACAGUGAUGUGCUGGGAUAUGCGGGUGCCUAAGAUGGAACCUGUGCAGGUGAUGAAUGAGGCCAAAGAUUCUGUAAUUGAAGUGAUUGUGGCCAAUCAUCGCAUCAUUGCGGCCAGUAUUGAUGGAUCUGUGCGCCAAUACGAUAUCCGGGCGGGGGAAGUGAUCACCGACAGCCUCGACUGUGCCAUUGUAAGCAUUGCUAGAACACGCGAUGGGCAAUGUUUGCUACUUUCAUGCCACGAUGGGAUCAUGAGACUCAUGGACAACGACUCAGGAGAUAUUUUGGCCAAUUACCGUGGUCACACAAUGAUGAACUAUAAAGUGGAAUGCGGUAUCAUCUGUUCGGACUCUCACGUUGUAUCGGGAUCUGCCGAAGGGGUAGCAGUUAUAUGGGAGCUAGUGCAGGGGAAGGAGAUCCGAAGAAUCCCCAUUGGUAACAAAGUUGUUCACUCCAUUGCAGUCCAUCCCACAGGUACAGAUGUCAUCUUUGCAUGUGGUCCUGAAAUUCAUGUUUGGGGAUACCCAUAUUGAAUGUUCCUAUAGGUGAAGUGCAUGAUGGUAGAUCUUGCGAUAGUUUUCUCAAGAUAAUAAUGAAAUAAGUUGCGAAAAAAGUCGUUGACAAAAUACGCAAUAUUUAGUGCAAAAAAAAAAAGACAAAAUCUUUUGGCAAAGGAAGAGAAAAGCAGUGAAAAUUCAAGAUGCGUUUCAAGACUCAUUAGAAGGGUCAAGAGAAAGAAAGAAAAUGAAAAUUGCAUGACCAUCAUGCAAACAAUGCAUUAAACUUUUCCUAAGAAUAAUCGAAUACAUAAAGUUCCUAAAAAAGUAGUGAUAAUUUUGCGAGGUACUGUUAAAAUUUUAGAUUUCGAGUAUACAAUUUACUGUCCUUUUAAUUAAAAUUUUUAUCGAAUACAUUUUACAACAUUUUACUCUUAA